AUGCGGCGCUACGCUCUUCUUUCAAAUGGGUUCAGCAAUUUCCAGAUUGCGUCGUUUCACAUCAUAAUGCCAUCUCAACUUCUAAUGGACUUGGGCUGGGCUUUCUCAGGCUUUUAUGUGUUUGGAGACUCCACCGUCGACCCUGGAAACAAUAACUACAUCAAGACACCUUUCAGAAGCAACUUUCCACCUUAUGGAUUGGAUUUUUCCAAUCAAGUUCCUACAGGAAGAUUUACCAAUGGGAAGCUUGCCACUGAUUACAUUGGCCUCAAGAAAGAGCUUCUUCCACCUUAUUUGGAUCCAAGCCUCACCAAUGUAGAAGAGCUAAUGACAGGAGUUAGUUUUGCCUCUGCUGGUUCUGGCUUUGACCCACUUACACCAACCAUCACUAAUGUUAUUCCAAUAAGAAAGCAGUUAGAAUAUUUCAGAGAAUGCAAAAAGAGGAUAGAGGAUGAUGUGGGUAAGCAAAGAAUUGAAGAUCAUGUGAAAAAGGCUGCGUAUUUCAUCAGUGCUGGAACAAAUGACUUUGUUCUUAAUUAUUUUGCUCUACCAGUACGAAGAAAGAGUUACACUCUCCAAGCGUAUCAACGCUUCUUAAUCCAACAAGUCAAAGAUUUUAUACAGAAUUUGUUGGCAGAAGGUGCUCGAAAAAUUGCAAUUACUGGAAUACCUCCAAUGGGAUGCCUACCGCUCAUGAUCACCAUGAAUUCCCCAAAUGCCUUAUUCCAACGUGAUUGCAUCGACAAAUACUCCUCCAUUGCAAGAGAUUACAAUCUACUCCUUCAACAUGAACUGCACGCAAUGCAAUUGCAUCUCAAUUUCUCUACUUCAGAUGCUAAGAUCUAUUACGUUGACAUAUAUAAACCCAUUGCCGAUAUGAUUCAAUCCCGUAAAAGAUUUGGAUUUGAUGAGGUUGAUAGUGGGUGCUGUGGAAGUGGGUUCAUUGAAGCAUCAAUAUUGUGUAAUAAGAUUUCAAAUGUGUGCCUUGAUCCAUCCAAGGACCUAUCAUCCCGGGGCCUGGGCUUACCGACAAAUAGGCCCAUUUCAAUGCAGGAAAAUAUAACCCAUCCUGCAUUUUCAAAACCAACAGUUAAUUUGAAACUACUGGUGUCUUUUUCCAAGUUGAUACAAAGAGAAAUUGAUAUAGAGGCGUCAGAUAUAGAUUUGAAUAUUAAUUAA